AUGGCAGCAGCCGCCUCAUCAACGAACUAUCCGACCUACGUUGCCCAGGAGCGCGUUUUGUGCUUCCACGGACCGCUCAUCUACGAGGCGAAGGUGAUGAAGACGAAGAUAUUCGAAGACCCGCACCCGAUUACGGGCUACACUGGUCCACACUACUUGGUUCAUUACAAGGGGUGGAAGCAGACAUGGGACGAAUGGGUGCCCCCGGCGCGCCUCUUGAAGAUGACGGAGCAGAACCUGGGCUUGCAGAAGCAGCUUGCGCUGACGAACGCCCCUGCGUCGCAUACCGGUGGGGCUGCAUCAAAGGCGACGAACAAGAGCACGGCUGGGGUGAAGGAUAGCGUCAGCACGAGAGCGGGGGCAAGGAAAGAUGGGACGAGGGGCACGAAGCGGGCGAGAGAGGAGGAUGAAAGCAGCAAAAAGCCGGAGAUGAAACUGAACAUUCCUGAGAUCCUGAAAGUCAAGCUGGUGGAUGAUUGGGAGGCUGUGACGAAAAACAACCAGCUUCUGAUUCUGCCACGUACACCUAAUGUCGCCGAAGUCCUUCAACAAUUCGCCGACCACGUCAGGAGGACCAAACCAGCCCACCUGAAAGAGCCCGACCACGUCAUCCAAACAUACGUCGAUGGCGUACAAGCGUACUUCGAUCGUGCGCUGGGUAGCAACCUUCUCUACCGUUUUGAGCGGGUACAAUAUGCUGGCAUCAGAAGGCAGUACUGGACAGGCCCCAAGGUAAUUGUUGGGCAGGAGAAGGAGAUGAGUUUGAUUUAUGGCGCGGAGCACUUGCUACGGAUGCUGGUGAGCCUCCCACAAAUGAUUGCGAGCACCUCGCUGGACCCAGAUUCGAUUAACCUCAUUCGCGACUAUUCAAACGAGCUCAUGGCGUACAUGGUGGAAGAGAAAGACCGGAUAUUCCAGGUCACCUACGAAGACCAACCGGCGCAAUACCAGAAUGUCUCGAGAUCUUGA